AUGUCAUCCAUCUCCAUCGCCUCAACAUCCGCUGCGGCAGCUCCUGCAGCCACCACCACUGCACACAAUCCUGAAGCGCUGACAAACAUCAAUCUUACCACCGUCGACGCCAACGAUUUGGACUCGGUUCAUACCUGCCCUCAUUGCGAUCGCGCUUUCCCUUCACAUAUCGGUCUGGUCGUCACUUGCGAAUCCAUCGCACAGAGACUGGCAAACCAGUGCCUGGAGCACCCACAUGCAACAGACGCAUCCGCCUCAGCUGCCCUCACCGCAUCCGCAAAUUCACUCAACGCAUGGGUUUUCCUGGUCACAUGCGUACCCAACAGAGCGGAAUUCAACUCAGCCUCGACACACCUAGCACAUCUUGCGUAUCGACCUUGCUUAGCACGACCCACACGACGCUGCCCAGCACCAGCAGCACAACUGCCGCUGACAUCACUGAAACAGACCCUGGCAGCACUGAUCUACCUUGUCCACAUUGUUCCCGUACAUUCACCCCAUACAUUAGCCUGGGAGGUCACUUGCGAAUUCGUCGCACAGAGACUGGCAAACGAAUGCCUGGAGCAUCCAUAUGCACUUGCCGCAUCUGCUUUAACCGCCCUCACUGCACCCGUACAUUUGCUCAUCGCAUGGACCUACAAGGCCACAUGGGCAUCCACGGCUACACUUAAUUAUCACAUCCUCCCCCACCAGCAGCACACCGCAUCAUCACCCACCACAAGCACCCAACUGCCACCUCCCACGCAAGUGGGAAGUGUGCGUCUCAGUUCCGUCUCCAUGUGGUCCAUCUGCUGCAUGUACGCCGUCUAA